CUCCUCUCCUCUCCUCCCCUUCAACCUGCUGGGUUUCGGCAGCAGUGCAGAGGAAACACACCGGAGGCUGUAACAUCAGACUCCCGCAGUACUUCAUUUGACUUGUUUUUAUUUUGACGCUCCUGGAGCAGCGGGGGAUGGUGUCGCCUCCUGAAGCCGGAUAAUCAGACGCAGAGGCCGGCGGCAGGGAGAGCUAGCUGGCUGGAGUUAAAGCCAGGGCUCCUGGGUGAAACUCGGAUUUAAUCGGGACAUUUCUGGAUAUUUGGGACGUCUUCGGCCUGGGUCUCCCGGCUGUGGCGGAGGACUGUUCUGGCUUUGGGUGCGCUCGGCCCUUGAUGCCCCGGAGCCCCGGAGGAGCUCGGACUGCGGAGCCCCGGAGCAGGGCUCGGACACCGGGGAAGAAGAGGAGGAGCUUGUCUGUCUGUCUGAUUGGACCCCGGCGAGCCAGCCCCCCCCCACCAUGAACCCUCUGAACCAGAUGAAGGCUGGACUGGCCAACAACCCACACAGUGAGGGUUCGUACCCCUACGACCCCUCCAGCUGGCAGCAGCCCUCCAAUCAGCCCACAGGAUCCCUCUCCGUGGUAACCACCGUCUGGGGAGUGACCAAUCCCUCGGCCAGCCAGGGUCUGGGCGGAGGGGUGAUGGGGCCUGGGGCCAACCCUGGUGGGGGGCCCAUGAUGCAGGGCCCCGGGGGCCCGGGCAUGGCCGGCGGGCCCGGAGGCUACAUGGGCCAGCAGGGCUACGGAGAGCCCAGCAAAGGCUACCUGAACCAGGGCAUGUACGGCCGGACGACCGGGGGCUACGCUGGAGGACCGGGGGGCUACGCCGGGAGUUACCCGACGAACCCCGGAGGCUCCAGAGGUUCUGACUUCACUCAGGCCGCCGCCGCCGCCGCCGUCGCUGCUGCCGCCGCCACGGCGACCGCCACCGCCACGGCGACCGUCGCCGCCAUCCAGGAGAAGCAAAACCAGGAAAUGAACUACGGACAGAUGGGAGGUCCAGCCUACAGCAACCAGUUCAUGGCCCACUCUGGCCCCCGCGGCCCCCCUGGCAUGGCUCCUGGAGGUAUGGGCCCCGGGCCUGGACCUACCAGGGGCCCUCCCUCUAUGGGCCCCAUGUAUGGACCUGGAGGCGGCCCGCAGAGGGUCCCUCAGCACCCAAACUACGGCCCUGGACCACAACAGGGCCACCUGAGGCCCCCGCAGGGCCUCAAGCGGCCCUACGGCUCUGAGUCUUUCCCAGGAAUGUCUCAGCAGUACGGCGUUCCGGUCGGUUCCAGUGUGAGCGUGAUGUCAGCUCCCGGCGGUGCCGGCGGUUCAAUUCCGGGUUCAGGCGGAGGCGGCCACGCCGGCCCCGGCCCGUACGCCGGCCCCAACAUGCAGUACCACCCGGGUCCUGGUGGUCCGGGCCCCGCCCCACAGCGCUCCGGCUCCUCCCCUUCCUACCAGACCCACAAGAUGCCCCUCCCUCAGUACCCCCCUGGACCCCCCAACUCGCAGUACUACAAGCAGGACCAGUUUAACGGUCAGGGCGGGGGUUUAAACGCUCUGACAGCAGGGGGCGCCGGUGGUGUCUACAACUCCUUCAACCAGCCGUCUGGGCCUGGUCGAGGGUUGCCAGGUUACCCCUCCUCCCCAGUUCCUGGAAACCCGACCCCUCCCAUCACCCCCAGCAGCUCCAUGGCCCCGCCAUACAUGUCGCCCGGCAACAGUGACGUCAAGCCGACGCCCUCUUCCUUCCUGCCCGACAUCAAGCCCAACAUGGCCGGCCUGCCCCCCCCUCCUCCUACAGGGAACCCUAGCGACGACCUGCGGCUGACCUUCCCGGUGCGUGACGGCGUGGUCCUAGAGCCCUUCAGAUUAGAGCACAACCUGGCUGUCAGCAACCACGUCUUCCAGCUGCGAGACUCCGUCUACAAAACGCUCAUCAUGAGACCGGACCUGGAGCUCCAGUUUAAGUGUUACCACCACGAGGAUCGACAGAUGAACACCAACUGGCCCGCCUCCGUCCAGGUGAGUGUGAACGCGACUCCUCUCACCAUCGAGCGAGGCGACAACAAAACUUCCCAUAAGCCUUUGUACCUGAAGCAAGUCUGCCAACCGGGCAGGAACACCAUCCAGAUCACCGUCACCGCCUGCUGCUGCUCUCACCUGUUCGUCCUCCAGCUGGUUCAUCGGCCGUCGGUCCGCUCGGUGCUGCAGGGUCUGAUGAAGAAGAGGCUGCUGCCUGCGGAGCAUUGCGUCACCAAGAUAAAGAGGAACUUCAGCAGCGGCUCGAUCCCCGGGACCCCCGGGUUAAACGGAGAGGACGGCGUGGAGCAGACCGCCAUCAGAGUCUCGUUAAAAUGUCCCAUCACUUUUCGCCGCAUCCAGCUGCCCGCCAGAGGCCACGACUGCAGACACAUACAGUGUUUUGAUCUGGAGUCGUACCUGCAGCUCAACUGUGAGAGAGGAACGUGGAGAUGCCCAGUCUGCAAUAAAACAGCCCUGCUGGAAGGUCUGGAGGUGGACCAGUACAUGCUGGGGAUCCUCAUCUACGUUCAGAACUCGGAGUACGAGGAGAUCACCAUCGACCCGGUGUGCAGCUGGAAGCCGGUUCCUGUGAAGCCAGACAUCCACGUGAAGGAGGAGUCUGACGGCCCCGUGUUGAAGCGCUGCCGGACGCUCAGCCCCAGUCACAUGGUCCUACCCAGUGUCAUGGAGAUGAUUGCAUCGCUAGGCCCCGCCCCCUCCGCUGCCUCCUCCUCCUCCUCGCCGAUGCCCUACCCCUCCCUGCCUGCAGGGGGCAGCAGCAACAGCAGCCACACACCAGACUACCCCGGGCCAGCUCCGUCCUAUCCCAGUCAGUCCGGGGGCUUCUCAGACUUCAGUGGACCUGGGACUCCGGGGGUCGGGGGGGACUUCUCCUCCCCCGGUCCUCCCCCUCUCUCCUACCAGUCUGAGCUCUCCAGUGCCCUCCUCACCCCCGACAAACCUCCCCCACACCCGCUGGCUGGACAGAUGUCAGUCUCGGGCCGUCUGGACUCCACUUCCCAUGGUGCUCCUCUCUCCCAGCAGCAGUCGCAGGGUCUUCACGGAAACUCCCAACUGGGGGGCGGCAACCAGAUGAUGCACCGUAGCAACCAGAACCCCCGUCUCCACGGCGACAGCUCCUUUGGUCUCGGGGGGUCUGCGGAGGUUCCUGAACCGUCUCUGGACUUGCUUCCGGAGUUGACCAACCCGGACGAGUUGCUGUCGUACCUCGGACCGCCGGACCUCCCGAACAACAACAACAACGACGACCUGCUGUCCCUGUUCGAGAACAACUGAACCCACGCAGACUCGCGCUCGCACCUCCGGAGCCGAAGCGAAACAAGCCGAGGCUCUGCUGUAAGAUACGAACUCCUCCUCUGCUCGCCCGCCAACACGGCAGGCGGUCCAACAUGGCCGCCGUCCGCACAGGCCGGAGCGGACGACAAGAAGGAAACGAAACAAAAAAAACAACAACUUUUAAAUCUGAGAACUCUUUGAUGUGUGACUAUGAACUUUGAUGGUAACUUUAUUUUAUUGGUUUUUUUUUUUAUUCUCUGAAACUGUAUUUUGAUGCUUCAUCCUUCAUUCCCCGUCGGGCCGGCGGCCUCGCCGCUCUCAGGCGGCCGUUACGUUGACGACCACACCGCCGCUCCUAACUGCACAUCACACACACACACACACACACACACCGUCACUGCUGAGCGCUUCACACGUCGUCCCUCAGUUUCUACGUUUCUUCCAGACAAACGUUGGUUUCAGUUCAUUUCUGUGAAAAUGCAGAGAGAUGAUGGUCCGUGCGGAGUCCGGCUGUCGGAGCGUGGAGGCUCAGCAGUGCUGAGAAGUAAACGUGACGUGCAGUUAGAGAGCCGUGUGGUCCCUUUUUUUUAAAGCCAGAAUAUUUCUGGUCCAAAUGAGUUUUAAAUGUGAUGCUAUAAAAAGAAGAAGAUGAGCUUUAAAGGAGCAGUCUGCGUCGGCUGUGGACACACGUGGAGACGCUGAAGGCGGCGUCCACAAAGAGGAACUGUUGAGUCCAUGAAAAGUCCCAAAAAGAUGAAGCAUUUACACUGAGCCACAGCGUCGCAGGGAGGGUCCGGUUUUAAACGCAGAGCUGCAGAUAACGAACGUUCGCUCUUGUGUGUGGUUAUAUUUUUAGACAGCUCGUCUUUAAAAACACAGAAUCGUUCCAGCCUCCGUUUUCUCCUCCGAUCAGUUCCGGCCCGUCUGAGCGGUUCGAGUAAAUCCAGCACCUGCGGCCGUUUCAGUGGCUCGGGAUCGCUGAUGCUAGACUGAAACGAUGAGACGGAAAAAUAAUCAGCAGCGAUCUAGAUUAACCGAUGAAUCUUUUUAGUCUGUGAAAUGUCAAAAAACGUCCAUCCGAGUUUCCCAGAGUUCAGUGCGACGUCUUGUUUUAGAAACCUGCAGACGUUCAGCUGGAGGAACCGCAACCAGACAGUUUUGCAUUUUUUUCACUUGAUUUGCUUAAAGACAUGAACUGUGUCUCCGCGCACGAGAGAGGCAGUUUCCCGUCUGCUGCGAUGGGAAACUGUGGUGCUCCUCGGGGCUUUGUAAUAUUUUGUGGGCAAGCCCGCUGAGUUCUUCUUCUGGUGUUUUUUAGCCGUUAAUCCCCCCCCCUCCUGUGGACUGCAGCCGGGCCUACGGAGGUUUACGGCUAGCGCGGGAAAACCGAGACGGACGGCGAGCUGUGUACAGGCGCUGGGCGCGUUUACACGCUUUACACCGGCGUCUGGAGAAUCCCCGUUAUCUGCUGCGCACGUGAACGUCAUAUCCUGGGCUCAGAAACGUGGGUGUUGUUCUCGUCGCGUAAACAGCGAGCCGAAUCACCAGGCUUCUCCCGUUCCGCCUAAACACCACAUCCCGAAUCCCAUCAAACCGCCUCAUUUAGGAAGUGGGUCGAAUUUCUGCCAGAUCGGCUGUCGUUCGGAGAGCGGUCGCGUAAUACAGAAAGGCGUUACGAAAGUCUGUCGUAGAAACGCAAGGCAAAAUAAAAAGAUACGGAAGGAGCGAAAGAAGUAAAAUGGAAAGUUAAAAUAAGCUGAAAUAGAAAGAAACGCUGCACGCUGGGUUUCAGUCCUCCUCAGCGCAGUGGCUGAGUGUAAAUGUGUAUUAAUCACAUCUGGAUUUUAUCAGAUAUGGACACCCCCCCCUCCGAGGACAAGGAUCCACUUUAGGGCAACUUUGUGAGGCAACUGCUUUGGACAAAGAAAGAAAGAAAAUGUGUUGAGUUGCUCGGAGAGUUGCCGUUCUUGCCUCAAACUGUUUUUGCUGAGCUCACAGCGACAGAGCUCGAUCAACCAGUUUGUAUAUGUAAUAAUUACAGAGUCCAUCUUCAUCCUCCUCCUCCUCAUCAUCAUCAUCGUUCUGUAUGUUGUAAAGUGACUAGAGUCCAGACAGUUGUGGUGUCUCCAAAAAAAUAAAACUGUACAUGAUCACACUGUAUGAUUCAGUAAUGAUGCUAACAGCAGCAACAAUAAUAAGAAUAAUAAUAAUAACCUUUGUAAUUUAAUAAACACACACUGGAAAGACA